GUUCUGUACUCCGGCAGGGUAGAUCUACUGGUGGUGGCAUUGGGAACAAACUGGUGACUGGUGAACAUUGGGAAUGCUGCUUGCAGGCGGUAACGUAGUAACAACCAGGGAGCCCUACACAACAAGAAAGGUUGACAGGAUCGCUUUUCUAAUAGUAAUAAUACGUAUGUGUAGGCUCCGCUCCUAUCCCUGAUAACAGGGAUAACGACGACAAAGACAAUUGCUUGCAGUUGAGGUACGAAGGACACAAGUGCAAGUAUUCGUUGCACCCUGUACGAAAUCCCGCGGACCCGCGUCGUGUACCAUGGUGUACACACGAAGGUUCGAAAGUCUGCUGCCGCCAACUCCACACAUGUAUGCACAGUGGUCGUGGUGUGGUGGCAUAAUGUUGUACGAAGCUGUGGCGGCCCGAAGCUUGCACUCGUUGGUGAGUGGGGAAUGGUUUUGGAGGUCACUCAUCAACCUCAAUGCAAAGGCUGGAUUUUUCUUGGUGUCCGAAAGAAGGCCGUUGAAGAACACACGGCCCAUCAAACUGCUGCACCAAAAAAGAUAUGACCUGCCUCAAAUUACCAAUGUCACGCCAGAGAAUGUCCGCACAAGAUAAAGGAUUUUGCCGGGACUUCCUCCAUGGUUCAUGUGACCGAGUGCAUUGCAGGUUUGUCCAUGCCAGCAUUGCAGAGUUGAUGGUGAUGGGGGAAGACGUUGGACGCCUCAUCUUCUGCCGGGACUUUCAGGAAAAUCGCUGCGACCGCGUCAACUGUCGCUUCUUGCACGCAUCAAAAGAUGACGAGGAAUUCUUCCGACGCUACCAGACGCUGCCACAGUAUCUGAUGUACAGCCUUCCGGAGCAUGUGCAGCAGCUAUUCCGACGUGCGGCCCUGGCCCAUCCUGUUGUCAAUGUGCCUCAGAUGGUCCCUCAAGUCUACUACCAGCCACAGACAGCUCAGACUCCUCUUCCAUCUCUGCUGCAUGUGCUGCAGGCACCGCUAGCCUUUAUGCCAAACUUGCAACAGCAGUAUGCCGGUAUGCCAAUGGGUGCUGCCAUGGGCGGAGUGCAGCUGACACCUGCUGUUAUGCCUGUAGCCGGUUCACCGCUAAAUCCCUUUGGAUAUCCCUAGAUGGAGCAACACACAGUGCAUUGCUUCCAUGUCAUGCAUCACAGAGUUCUUCGAGUCAGAAAAGGAGGAAACAGUCAACGGUCCGAACCACAGUACCAAACCAAAUCGCUUUCCAGGUGAGCUAAGCCAGUCUCUUGCUUGCCCACCUGCCAAACUUAAUAUACAGUGAUCAAAACGUUCAUUUCCUAGUUGUCUACAUGUAAUGUGUGCUUCCCUGUGUGCAUGCGUGCCUCAGGACAGCUAGCAACAGCUUGUCUCAAUUGUACAGUCAUGAUGGCUUCAACAGACAUUUACUUAGCGUCAGCACAAGAGAGCCUGUUAUGGCUCCAAUGUGAACAGUAAGAUGCUCCCCCUCCCCAUACACACACCUCUGACCUGUCUCUUGCCCGCCUGUCACUGUUCACAGCUUUGGCUUCCUUUCGUGCAGCUCUCUUCUCUUUAGGCCUUUCUCACUUGACCGGCAUGCCGUUUUUUGCACUUCGCAUAUUGGUCAUGUUUCCACCAUCGGGGCCUUAGCAUUGGUCUCGGUCAACAGCACGCAUGUCUAGCCUACAUGUGCAUGGGUGUCGGUAUACAGUGCAUGGCUGGAAUGCCUGUUACUGUCUUUCCCACUAUCCCAGCCCCGUCCACACAGGCUUACAUCACUCCUUUCCUCUCCGUUCUCCCUUUUUCUUGCUCUUCUUGCCCCAAGCUAUAUGGACCAAUCAGCAGGUUGUCUGUUGACUGAGCACUACUGCCCACGUUGAGACGUGGCUGUUCACCACUUUGCGCACAUGAUUCCAUGCACACAGACACACACACCCCCUAGCUUUCUUCAUCCCAACUGCAGUGCUUCUCUUCAUGGCUAAACUGAUGGCUACCGCGGCAAUGAUCUGACCCGGUGCUGGUCCUCUGACUGGUUAUGCCGACACUGACCAUAAGCCUGCCUGCUCUGCAGGUUGCUGCUCAAAUGAAAUAAUGUGCAGUCAAGGUUUACGCCAUAUACUUAUCAUCAUCUUUCAUAGCCCAGUCAAUGUUUCAAUUCCCUUUGCCUUAAAGUUUUACAUCUACUUCUUUGCUUUGCAUUUGACUUUGUAAUGCUGAUACACAGUAAGCUUUGAUAAUGUACACCUCGAAUAUUUGAAGUAGAAUCCAGGACUUCUGGCUUAUUGUUGUUGAGUGUGGUCCUGUCUCGACACAUCAU